AUGAAAUAGCCGACGGACAUGGCGAGUCGAUCUGCACGCGGCCGACGGACCUCCCAGGAAAACAGCCUGAUGCGCACUCCCGAGCACACUCGGCGCUCGCUGAGCCAGGGCGACGACACGCCGCGCCCGCCUGGCUUAGGCGUUUUCCAAAGCGCCAACCCGUCUCCCAACUCUGGCCCUCACGACGCCAACAGUGCCGACCACAGCCAUCCGACCAAGAGACUCGGCUUCUUGGGAGAAAAGCUGCUCUCGUCCUCCACUUCCGGCUCAUCCUGGGGCCCCUUGAGCCAGGCAACAUCGCGCAGCCAUUCGCGAGCAGAAUCGGCGAACCUUCUCCUAUCACAUUCCCGUGACUCUACUGCCUCCCCCGCACCAAUGGCUUCAUCUUCCAGCCAUUAUGCAAAAGCUCACGCGUCUCCAUCCAAGCUCGUCUCCCGCGAAAUGCAUCGUCUUGGAAACCUCGCACACCUCCCAGUCCUGAACUCGUCGUUGUCCGCACCAUCCAAUGUGAGCCUCGCGCCAUCAGCCAGCUCUGCCCUCGUAGGCUCGUCCAAUGUAGGAGAUAAUCCCUGGGCGGCACUUGCGCUUUACAUCCUCCCCCUCUUCAAUGGGGAAGGAUUACGCGUACCCAUUGAAGAUCUCAAUGCUCUCGUAAAACGCCACAUCCAGUCCACUGUCUCGGCGUCGCCGUCAAAGGCCUUGGGCACUAUGGAACAUGACGCCUCAGAGCUUAUAUCCAACGGCACUGUUACCUUGAAUUCCAAACUGAUUGGAGUAGAAGAUGAAGAUCUCGUUGAUCGAGUCGUCGACAUAUGGAAGUUCUUCUGGGAUGAGGUCUUGCCGUAUGUCGAAGGGGCCCUUCUACCGCUACAAACAGACCCGCUACUAUUGUCUCUCUACAAGAUCCCCAAGCCACACAAGCCAACCUCGCCUGUCGGCCAGAAUGGGGCCGGUACCGUUACUCCUUCGUUCAAGACACAACAGAUCGAUGUUCGCACGAUCGCUCUGCGGUACUUCCGGGACCAAAUCAUAUACCCCGUCUUUCCCGUCCUGCACGACCGUCUCAAUACCCUGAAGGAACGCUAUCCACAGACAACUGGCUACCCGCCCCGUCUGCAGCAGAUGCUCCUCGUGCUCCUUUCCCAGCGGACCCUGCCUGUCCUGUACUCUCUGGCCGUCUCUCCGCCGCCUCCGCCGCCCGGCGAAGAGGCUGUGCAGCUGCUACUGCGCGCGAUGCGCACACCACUCGUCCAGAUCUCACCUGACAACAAGCACUACUUUGGCGCGACCGGCGCGCCGUCGUUCCUCUCGGCAGGCGUCCCGCGCGACCGGCGCGGGCGCAUUGCGCGCAAGCCAGAGCAUGCACCUGCGGCCGACGCCCCGCUCGACGAGGAUGCACAUGGAGACGACACGCCGCGCCUGGGCGCCGCGUUCACGAACCCAGGACGCGAGCUCCUCGAGAGUCUCAAGAGUCCAGACCUCGAGAGCGCACGCGUUGCGAGCAUGGGCGGGUGGGGGCUCGGCCUCGGCGGCGAGGACAAGGGCCGGGAGGACGACGACAAGGACGAGGACCUCAACUGGGACCAGGCCCAGGCCGUCGUGGAGCGCAUGGUCGGCAUGAACCCUCCGCUCUGAGGCCUGCCGGCGUACGCCGUUCUUUUAGCUCAUAUCUAUUCGUACUUUAUUGCUGUCAGCUUUCGGUGUUUGUAGCUGUCUACACUUUCCCCUCUUGUUCCAAGGGCCUAGCCCUCCUCGCCACUUUUUCGCUUUCGUUGUAGCGCGCAUUUGUACAAAUAUAACCGGC